AUGCCGCACAAGAAGACUCUAGGUCUAUAUAAGGGGCUCCCAAAACCCUACACCUCAAUCCUGAUUCAGAUGAGGUCACAGCGAAUUGGACUUCGACAUUUCCUGUUCAAGAUCGCCACCACACAGCAGAGGGCAGAGGGGGCUACAGACCGGUGUCACUGCGACGAGGGCAGCCAGACUCCCAUGCAUGUCCUUCUCCAGUGCCCGUUAUACACCGCGCUCAGGGCCACGAUGUUGAACAAGGUCUGGUACAAAACUGAUCUCGGGAGGACAACUGAUUAUGACACGAUCAUAUCGGACUCGCAGGCCAUCCGCUACGUGGCCGAAUUCAUGCACCGGACGGGACUCCUCGGCCAGUUCCGCCAAGUGGACUACGAGGAUGUCGAUGCAAGCAUUAACACGCCAGAAUAA